AUGGCUGGUGUGGAAGAAGUGAAAUUGGUGAUCUGCGUCCUUUUUAUACCAGGCGUGUUCUCAAGCUAUGUAGGCUGUUAUAUCGAUUCAUGGAACAAAGACCUUCCAUUCCAAGCCAUUGAAGAUGAGUCUAUGAUUCCGGACAUGUGCAUAAAACAUUGCCGCAUGUCCGACUAUUUCUUCGCCGCUGUACAAAACGGAAAGCUCUGUUAUUGUGGGGAUACCUAUGACCGGUACGGCUCGGCCCCUCAAGGUGAAUGUUCAAAGUCGUGUACCGGUGAUGAAAGUCUUACAUGCGGAGGAAGCCAACGCAAUGCAAUCUACACGACCGGUAAACCCUUGCCCACAACACAGACGUGUAUCAUUAAUGGAACGGAAGAAGGCGUACUAUUUGAAAAUCAAUGUUUCCUAUUUGUCGAAACACCGAAGAAGUGGCAUGAAGCCCAGCAGUUCUGUGUGAUUAGAGGCGGUAAUUUGGCAACCGUUUCUAGUCGGCACGUACAGUCGUUUUUAGAAUACCAGUUACACGGACGUGAGCACGCUGAUUACUGGAUCGGUCUUCAUGACAUCCGUCAGGAAGGCGAGUUUAUUUUCACCGACAAAGACAUACCACCGGGUAGAUGGGACAAUUUUAACAUAGGACAGCCAGAUAACGCUACUGAUGGUGACGAUUGUGUGGAGAUGAAAUCGUCGUGGGGUUACAAAUGGAAUGACCAGCUAUGUACGACACUACGAAAUUAUAUAUGUCAAAUACAACUUAAUGAUAUUGCGCCACCUUGCGGCGACGGUAAUGAAGGAAUAAGACGUUAUGGAAAUUGCUAUGAAUUGGUUGAAGGAACAUCAAAUUUUGAAAAUGCUACCGUGGAAUGUGCUUUGCGGAACGGAAUACCGGCAUCCAUUGACAACAAGGACACACAGCGUUUUCUGAGAAGACAAGUUGCGAAGACGGGAUCCACAGAAAAUUGGUAUUUUGGCCUAAAAUACUCGACAGAGAGGGAACAGUAUGAAUUCAUGGAUAGCGAAAAGGUUGGGAAUUACUUCAAAUAUUCUGACGGGGCACAGAACGGCGAGGAAUGCACGGUCCUUAGCCGUAGCAGAAAUUAUCUAUGGGAGCACUCCAGCUGCUCUCUUACAGAAAACGUCAUUUGUCAAAUAGGUGCGAAAACUGCGUACAUGCUGAAGAUUGACGAUAAUGCUGAAAAUGAAUUCGUGUUCACGGAGAUCGUGGGUUCAUUGGAAGGUAAUAUUUGGCUAGGACUGGAGAACGAUGAUAUGAAUGGGUCAUUCAAGUGGAAUGAUGGUUCAAGCCUGGAAUACACCAAUUGGAUAUCUUCAGGAUUAAGUGGCAUCGGUAGCUGUGUCUACCUUCAGAAGCUAACGGGUGAGUGGAAGGACGCCGACUGCUCGCUAGGUUGGAUGAAGACGGUCUGUGAAAUGGAAACUCCUAUAGUGUUCCACAGCUCAUAG